GGUGGCGCUUUUCAAGAUAAACAAAAUGAGUCGGCACUUCUACCUGGUUAGGUAAGCGCCUGAGUUAGUGAUUACUCUUAGGAGACAGGUUACCAGCAUGUCUGACUACUCCAAAUGGCUUAUGUAUGCUGGUGCUGCUGGUGCCAUCAGCUUGAGUCUAGCAGUGGGAUACUGGAGAGGACGCAAGUCUUUGCAAUUUUAUAUGAGUGCUGAAUAUGCCAGGAAUUCACGCAAGUCCCAGUUUAACGCAGAUAAAGUUGCAAAAUACAUUGAAAACAAUUCGUUCCGCCUUCUCCCAGUUCAGAAGAAGUUGAUUGAGGAAACAUUAAAGCACCCAAGAAACAGAAUGCUUGGUUCCACAGAUGAAAUGCAACUUUUGCAGAAUUUGGUUUCUCUUAUAAAGGGAAAGAAAACAUUGGACAUUGGAGUGUUCACAGGUUAUAGUGCCUUGGCUAUAGCACUAGUACUUCCUGAGGAUGGGAAGGUAGUGGCCUGUGAUGUCAGCGAUGAAUUCACCAGAAUAGGGAAACCAUUUUGGAAAGAGGCAGGAGUGGAACAUAAAAUUGACCUUAGGAUUGCACCAGCUGUGGAAACACUACAGAAACUGGUAGAUGCUGGAGAAGGUGGAACAUAUGAUUUUGCAUUUAUUGAUGCUGAUAAAGAAAACUACUUGAAAUACUAUGAGCUUUGCAUGAUCUUGGUGCGGUCUGGUGGGAUUAUUGCAGUAGAUAAUGUUAUAUGGGGAGGCAGUGUCGCAGACCCUGAAAACGUUAAUCCAUCAACCUUGGCAAUGCGUGAAGUGAAUGAAUAUAUUCAUGCUGACCAACGUGUGAACAUCAGUAUGUUAAAUAUUGCAGAUGGUGUGACCCUGUGUUUUAAGAAAUAAAAGAUUAAUUUUAUAAAUCAUAAGGUGCAGUAUCAUUUUCAAUUUGUGCCAUAUGAUUAAGACAUCUUAGCGGUAUAUAUGGAAUCUUAAAGGAGCAAUGCUUAUUUGUAAAGAUUUUAAUGUUAUGUCAGGACAAUGUUGUACACUUGAAUGAACUCUUUCAUUGAUUGAUUGUAGUAAAUUUAAAACCAAAUUUAUUUGUUAAUUCACUACAAUGGAGAGUCUAUAUUUAUUAGCUCAAGUCUUCAAUGGUUUUAUUUUUGUAUCUUUAUUCUAGAGUUAUAAUUAGGGUAUUAUUUGAUUAUUAGCUAAGAAUAGUGAUUCCAUAUUUUUUUGUUAUUUUAACUUUAGUUUUAAUACAACAUACAGAGACAUGGUGCACUACAUAUAAUAUUUAUAAAAAGCGAUCAAAACAAUUCAGCAUUUAAAAAUUUUAUGCUCAAAUAAGAAAGGAAUUUAUGAAACAAUUCUCACAUAGUUUGUAUUCUGACAAUUUUUCUGACAUACUUUUUACCAAGGUAUUGGUCCUUUUUGUAAUGAUUAGUAUUAGUGUUUUAAGUUCCACAGUACUUUUAAAUUAUUCACAUUCUAAUAGAGACACUCAAAAGAAGCUGUAUCUUUCAAAAAAUCUGAUAAUCUGUGAUAAUACACAGUUAUUUUUAUCAUAAUUACCUCAGGUGACUCUCAUCAUGUACUGAUGACAUUUUCUUAAAUUUUUUACAAUGUACAACACGGGCAUUUCAAUAAUGUAUUUUGAGAUUAUAAAUGUCUCUUCAUAUUCAAAGUUGAAGAAUCCUUAAGUAUAGAAACUAAGUGUGUUGAAGUUUUUUUGACACAUUAAGUCUGAAAGGUGGAUGUUAUGUAUACAGCAUACAUGUACUUCAUACCGAGUACUUUUAUUUUGUAUUAUUUUGUACGAUUUAUUUGGUUGCUUAAGUGUGCCACAGAUGUCAGUUGUUUUGUAAAUGAAUUUUAUCAAAAGUAAUCUUACUUUUUGUUGUGGGAGGGGUAGAUUUAAAAUUAUAAUAAAGAUAUUAAUAUUUAA